AUGGAUCACUUAGAACUGCAGCCACUACGAGAGGAUAACAUGACCCUGUUGGACGUAGGGUCAAUGGGCAAGGUGAAUCUGAGUUGGCCAGGGUCACCCAGCUUGACCUGUGGCCUCCAGAUGAGGUUGUGGCCUCUCACCUUGUGUAUGUGGAUCAAGCCUCACCGCUUCCAUAAAGACGACAACGUCCUCUACUUCGGAGACGCCCAGCGACAUAGAUACUUCCACCUCACAAUGUGCGGAGGCCACGUCAAAAUUCGUGUGACGACGUGUAUAGCAAAGCUGGACGUGAGCCUGAAGAUACGAGAAUGGCACCACGUGUGUGUGGUGUUGACACCGAGCCUCCAGUUGUAUUACAACGGCCAGGCAGUAACCAUCUCCCAGGAAUGUACUGUCAACGGCAAUGCUACGCUUGUGGAUGAAGAUGAAGACAACGUUGAAAUUCUCAUUGGUGGAACACUGCGUAACUCUAUGCCUUUUUCAGGCUUUCUGGCAGACGUUGUAUUAUACGAUGAGGUGUUGAGCAGUGCCGAGGUCAAGGACUUAGCCGCAGGGAGCAAGACACGACAAGAACUCAUUAACGUGAACCAGUCCCUCUUUGAAGGUGCUAACAUUGUUGGUACACUUGAGGGUGUCACCUUUGGUACUGUGGAGAUAAAGGAACUCGUUGCUACUGAUAAACAUACAAGUUACAUCUACUGUCAACAGAAGAGUAACUUCGAUGACGCCAAGGAAUUCUGCAAGAAGCUGGGAGCACAGCAGCUCGUGUAUACACAGGAGAAGAGUCUACAACUCUCUAAAGAGCUUGUGAAGUACAUUGCAAAAAUGCCUAAUCAUAUCAACGAAAUUUGGGUACAACACAGUGUAGUGUCUCAGAAUGAGGAAACAUGUUCUCUCUUGCUAGUUAAUCAAAAGUUUCCCUCAGUACAGUAUGCUGACUGCCAUACAAUUGCUUAUGCCUUUUGUGAGAUUCAAAAGGACCGUACCUUCAAGCUACUUGGAUUCAAAGACGAUUACUUGUUCUUUACAGUUUACGACACUCCUGGGAUAUUUGAAGGUUUUAAUUACCGCCUUGUAUAUAAAGACAUGAAAAUGACCUUGGAAAAUGUGCAAAACGGGAAAAUUUUAUUCGAACGCCAACUGUAUAAUAGCAUUCAUGUAAUGGGACGACACAAGUGGCGGGCAACGGACACUGUAAAUCGAGAAACCAAAGUGACCACCAUGACCUUCACGGCUUGCCAGGAAACACAGUUUACUUGUUCAAACGGCGACUGUGUUGAUCUCGGGGUCGUCUGUGACUUCGUUAAUGACUGUCAAGAUGCAACCGACGAAAUUUUGUGCAACGACACGGCGUCUUUCCCUGUUUUCUAUAGCAAAAUGUUCUCGCCUUCUCAAGGAAAUGAAGGUGUAGCGUCAGUAAACCUCAAAGUCACGCUGGAACAAGUCAAAACGGUGGAUCUUACCAACAACUUGCUGGAAAUUGGUCUUAGGCUCGAUGUUACGUGGCGAGACACUCGCGUUCACUUCAAAUUUCUCAAGGAAGGCACCCCCGUCCGCUUGUCAGGGAAAGUGGUAAAGGAGCUAUGGUUCCCAAGGGUCAGGAUGGACAGUGCAGUUCCUGAUAGUAAAGAUAAAUUCGACUUCUCACGUGAUCCCAAAGAUGUAGACGCUACAGCCAGGGGCGCCAGCCACGACACAGUUCUCGACAGCUAUGAAGUGAGGAUGUUCAACGGUGCUGAGACUGACCUCCACCUGGGCCAGGCUGACACCAUAAUUUUCAUGUGCAACAUGAACCUUUUCUUUUACCCUUUUGACAUUCAGGUGUGUAAGAUACCACUGAGGCUCAGUGGCCAGAUGAUGACGGACGCCAGGUGGAACGCCAGCCAGGUGGCGGCGACGAUCGACGCCAACUUCGUCCUAACGCUGUUCCACGUCAUCCAGUUCUCCGUCAGCGUCCCUAGUCACCGCCAGGAGACAAGAGAGAGAGAGAGGAGUGACCUGGUCGUGUUGUGGCAGGCGGUAGUGGUGGUGAAGCUAGCCAGGAAGUAUGGAGCAUACAUCUUCAACACUGUCUUGCCGUGCAUCACCCUUGAGAUCAUCGGCUUCUUAACUCACUCCUUCCCCACGGAGGACUUCAGCAACCGCUGCACUGCCACGCUCUCUUGUCUCAUCGUCAAGGCCGCCUUCUUCCUCCAGGUGUGUGCCUCUCCCCCCUCCCCUCACAGCUGCAUGUCUCCUCCUCCUCUUCCUCAGAUUUAGUGUCUCAUUAUCCUCCUCAUCUUCCUCCUUAUGUUAUUAUAUUUAUACCCGC